AUGGGUGAAAGGAUCAAAGAUGGUGGUGCCUCCCCAAUAUUACAAAAUCAUCAAAAAGUGAUUCUUCCUUUUGUCUGCCAAUAUGCAUGGGCCCUGGCUAUAAAGGUUUCCGCAAAAAUACUGAACUCAUUUCUCCAAGAGCAGUGGAAGAGCCAAGUCAUGGAUACUGAGCUAGACCAGGUCCUCUACACUAUCCUCUCUCUGGAAGAAGACUAUCCAGCAUUGUCUCCGCCCCUGAGGAGCCAGGAACAUCUGACAAGUAACUUAUUUACUUUUAGUGAAUUUAUUUCACAGAAAGAGACGCAGGAGAAGCUUCAUAACUCCACUAUUCUACAACAGACAGUAUGUGAAUUAUAUUCUAUUUUAGGAAUCUGUGAUGAUUCCCAAACUGGGAAGUACAUGGGACAGAGCAUAAGAGACAGGACAAUUCCUAAGACUAACAAUGAAAACCAAAUUAAGAAGCCACUCAAAAGAAAAAGUUCUGAUGAUGGCCAAUAUGGAUGUAAGAAGCCCAAAAUAGUGAUUGAUAACUUUCAGGCAGUAUCUUCCAGUGCUCGAUCCAGAAAGAAAACCGUCUACAGCAGUGAGCAGAUCAAGUUUCUUCAGAACCAGUUUGACUGUAAUCCUUAUCCAGAUUUUGUGAAAAGAUGUCGUAUUUCUCAGAUCACGGGAAUCCCCGAACCAAGGAUACAGGUUUGGUUCCAGAACAGAAGAGCAAGAUACCUUCCAAGAAGCAGCCAAAUCCCGGAAAAGAAGAAAUCUACAACACAAAUCCCUCCUUGUGGUCGUGAGAAGCUUCCGUUCACCUCCCACGAGGACAUAUGGCUAUUCUGA